AUGUGUAAAGCGAACCAGACGAUCAAAGACAGGCAAAAUAAUGUAUUAGUCGAUCGAUUGGAUUUAUUAAAAGAGUACAUACUAACUGGAAACAGAAAAAAGAGCUUUAGGAGACGUUCUUGUCCAGUUAAGUUUAAUUACGAAAACGCUUUUACCACGGAGCUGCCUACUAUUAGAGAAGCUCACAGUCCUGAUCCUGCGAUUAGAGAAGUUCCGAGUCCAGAAACCCCACAGAUUGAUAAAAUCAAGCGAAGACAGAGUAUAAUGCAGAACGUUAAUUUGGCAAAUGAAACUUUUGAAACAGCCUUUGCUGAUUUUGAACUUGAGCUUCUUCAGUCCGACUUUCCGCUUGACGAAGAUUUUUCCAUCACUACUCGCCGGAAGUUAGGGUUGCAUCGAGUUAAGUUUAACGACAACGUCCAUGUAUUUAAUGAUACCCCCAGUAGUCGUGGUGAGACGCCAAUUAGAACUCCAUCAACGCCAAGAAGAAGAUGUGACUGCGUAACCGCAUCCUCACCUGGUACUCCAAAAAGCAUAUUGCGAGAGAGACUAAAAACCGUCAAUGAGGAGCACGCUGAACUAGAAGAAUUCACUGUCUUGGAAAAACAACUUAAUCGUGACGAAAUUCAUUCUAUGAAUUUGGACGAUAAUGAAAAAACUCUUCGACACUUGAGGAAAUCAUUGGAGGACACGAGCAUUUUAUACACUGAUGUGAAUAAAAAAUACUCCGAUCUUCAGACCGAGCACUCUCGUCUCGUGGGAGAAUGUGGCCAGUUACGGAAGCAGGUCGAGUCUCUGUCUGUGAUUCAGGAACGCCUUGGCAGAAUGGAAAUUGAAAAUAAGGACCUCAACAAUAAACUGAACGCCGCUCUGAAGAGACAGAAAUUUCUCGAGGAUGAGAAUGUCUCGCAGGCAUUUCAAAUGGAAUCUCUGCAAACGAAAUUCAAAGCUCGAGAAAAGGAGCUCGAAUCGUCUUUGCAGCUCGCAUGGAAAGGCUGUGACCCAGCCCAAUUCAACGAAUCAGCUAACGAAAUUCUUCACUUGCAAACUCUCGUCAAAACUCUUACCGAAGAAGGUGAAAUCCUAAAAUCGCAGAAAUCUCCAAUUACAGAAUCAAACCCCUUAGUCGCCGAAAUCGAAAUCUUAAAGCAAAAACUGGAAGAGACCAACCGAUUGCUGAAAGAAUCCGAUUCUGAAAAAGCUUCUCUUGUAGCACGUCUAGAUUCCAUUUCUCAAAGAUUGCUAAUGAGAUCCAAAAUUGAAGAAUAUGACAAACUACUUGGAACAUUUGAAGAAGUAAAACUUCUUUCUCUCCAGCGAUUUGAGGAAUUGGCAAAAGAAUGUGAAGACGUUGAAUCCGGUCUCGAAAUUUCAGCGCUGCAAAAGGCGGUUGAAAAUUUGAGUUCUCAUCUCACGGAAUUGGAACAAGGAGGCGUAAACGUGAGGAAUAAAUUUUCAAUUUCUCUCGCGUGUAUUGAAUUCCUUUGUCAGCAAAACUCUGAUCAAUUAUUAGAUGAUGGACUUGACUUCUCGCCGAACUUUGAGGAUUGGAAGAAAACGAUUUCUUACAACGAGAAGGAAAAGGGCGACAUCAUUUGCGGAUUACAGAAAUUCAGGGAAAGCGUCAUCAGAAAAUCUAAAAGCAUGGAGUCUAAACAUGAGAUCGAGUGUGAAAAAGUUGAAAUAAAACGAGAAGAAAAAGAGACUUCAACGGUAGACGAAAAUGUGAAAGAAAAUCUGAAGUGUAAAGAAAACAUGAACGCGAAAAUUGAAGAAUUGAGUCUAAAAAUAGAGGAAACGAAUCUUGAAAAGCAACGAUUGGAAAAUGAACUUGAAGAAGUGAAAUCGAAGUUGUUGGAAGCGGGAGAAAAAUGGAAAGACCAAGAAAACGAGAUUUUGAAACUGGAAUAUUAUGAAACAGAACUGGAGGAAUUGAAGGAGAGAUUUAAAAAACUGGAAACCGAAAACUGUGAUGUCAAAUUAAAAUUGCAUGAGUCUACCAAGAAGCUAAACAACUACGAAAACGGUGUUGAGUUUCUGAAAUUCGAAAGUGAAUUUGAGUCGAAACUUGCAGAGAAAGAAGCUCAGUUCUGUGAAUUAAACUCUAAAGUCAUAGAAUUGGAGGUGGAAAAAUUGAAGAUAAAAUCCAGUUUAGCAGAAGCUUUGCAAAAAUUAAAGAAUUUUGAAGAUGGUUCUCAGAAUUUAGAAAAAGAGUACGAGUUGAGUAACAAACUGAAAGAACUCGAAGAGCAAAAUUCUCUGAUAAAAUCUCAGCUUUCUGAAGCAGAGGGGAAAUUGAGCGAAAAUGCUUUACGUUCUUCGAAGCUGAAUGACGAAUUCGAUUCUAAAUUGUCUGAAAAAGAGUCUCAAGUUUCUGAAUUGAGGUACAAAGUAAAAGAAUUUGAAGGCGAAAAUGUAGAUCUGAAAUUAAAACUGAGAGAAGUUGAAGAGAAAUUGAUCAAUUACGAGACAUUGGAAUCUGACAAUCAAUUCACAGAAAAAGAAACUGAAGUCAAUGAUUUGAAAUUAAAAUUCGAAGAGCUAAAUCUCGAAAACGUGGAGAUUAAAUUCAAACUUGCGCAGGCAGAGGAUAAAUUAAAGAACUACGAAACACUCAUGGAGACUUCGAAGUCCGAAUAUCGCUCCGUCGAAGAUUUGGAGUCCAAACUAACAGAAAAAGAAGCAAAAAUUAAUGAGUUUGCUCAAAAAUCAGAAGAACUCGAGUGUCUUAAUUCUGAAAUUAAAUCUCAACUCCUGAAUGCGACAGAAAAAAUACAAACUUAUGUGAAUAUUGUCGAAUCUUUAAAAUCUGAAUCCAAAAAUAUCGAGGAAGAAAAGACAGAAAUGAAAUCUCAACUUGUAGAUGCGACAGAAAAAAUACAAAGUUAUGUGAAUAUUAUCGAAUCUUUAAAAUCUGAAUCCAAAAAUCUCGAGGAAGAGAAUGUAGAAAUUAAAUUACAGCUAGAAGCGGUCGAAAAAGUAAAGCGUAGGACUGAAAAUACUCUCGAUUCUCAAAUAGAAAAUGAAGCAGUGGUUUCUCAAUUGAGUUUAAGGAUCAAAGAACUUAUGGAUGAGAAUUUUGAGUUGAAGUCAAAAAUCGAAGACGUAGAGGAAAGAUCGAAAAACGAUGAAGUCACCAUCAAGUCCUUAAAUUCUGACGUCGCACGUCUUAAUGCAAAAUUGCAAGAUAGAGAAAUUUAUUUAUCGCAUUUGAAAAUGAGAUACAAGGAAUUGGAAAGCAUCAACAACAGUUUUACGAAAUUUCACUCGAUGAACAACACGAGUGAAGAACCUUUCGCUGAUUUGAAAGCUGGCGAAGAUUUCGUUAAAACCUAUGUAGCUGAAAGCGAUGCGAUCAAGAAACGAUUAGAAGACUUCGAAAAGAACGUUUCCAUUUUCCGAGAGAACGUAGACCAGCAGAUACAUUUUGUGGAGGGUUUGGAGAAAGGUAGUGUGAAGAAUGUCAUUGAAGCAUCACCAUCACGUCAGAGUAAAAUGUCGACUCCAAGAAAAUUGGCAGAUCCUGAAUCUCAAAAAUCUCCAAAAACCGUUUCCCGAUCAUUCAGCGAUGACAAUGAAUACACGAGUAUCUUUGCGAAUAAUAGUUAUUUUGAUAAGAUGGAAGUGUCCGGGGGAGAGGAAAUGGUUGCGGAAAGUGAAACGCAGAGUGCAAAUGAAACACAGAAUGAAAGCCAGGAUUUUACUGCACCAUCAAUGAUGAUCAAUAUUUUGAAGUCGAAUAAUGUUCCGAUCUUAAAGAGACGAAUUAAGGAUCUAGAAACAAGAAAUGAACAACUGGAUAUUCUCUAUAAGGAGUUUAUAGAGAAAGUGAAUGAUAAGGGCUGUGAAGAACUUGCGAAUGCAGUGAAGGAAUUUAGGAAUGUGAAGAUUUCCUUGGAGAUUGAAAAUGCGAGGUUGAGUGAGGAUCUUCAGCAGAAAGUUAACGAGUCGGAUGAAAUAAAGAAUGGAAUUCGUGGGUUGAAAAUGGAUAUUGAGAAACUGCAGCAGACGAUCUAUUUGCUGAAUUCAGAGAACCUGGAUCUGACGUCCAAACUAAAUGCGGAAAAGGAUAAGAUUAAGGAAGCGGAGGGCAGUUCACAGAUUUUAAUUAAUGAACUCAAAACGCACGUCUCUCAAAUCAGCAAUGAAAAAGCUAACUUAGAAAAAGAAAUCUCACUUUUAAACGAGAAGUUAAAUACCGCAAACUUCCCCAAUUCGAUAACCUCCGACGAGGAAGUAAAAUCAAAACUUAACGAAUAUCACCAAAAGAUCAAUGAUUUAGUAACUGAAAACAGAAAACUGACAAAUGACCUCAUGGAUAGUAUAAGGGAACUAGAUUCACUUAAGGAAUGCAAAGCUCUUCAGUACGAUCACGAGUGUAACUAUAAAGAAAAGAACCGAUGCUUGAUGAAAGAAAAUGAAGAGUUACAAAGAGAAAACUCGGAAUUAUCAGAAGAUCUUAUGAAACACAUUGACGAAUGUGAGAUUCUAAAGCAGGAUCUAGAGACUGCUUCGAAAAAACUAAGUAUCUACGAGCAAUCUCCAGAAGCCGCGGAGUCUCCCGAAAAUGUACAAACCAUCUUGCAAGAGAAAACUCGUCUUGAAGCAAAGGUUAUCGAACUGUCAUCUAAAAUUACACAGCUCUCGAACGAAAACACUGAAUUCACAUCCAGCCUUUCAGUAAUCUUCGAUGAAUUCGAGAAAAAUCCUGAAGUCGACAAUCCAUGUAGAAAUUCUAUACUUCUAUCCACGUCUUUAGAAUCUCAGAGUCGUCGAGUCAGCAACAGUUUUAGACACGAUGAGAAUCUUCAAAUCUUGAACAACAAAAUUAAGACUCUCCAAGACCAAGUUGAACAUCUCACUCUCUUAAAUACGAAACUGAGCGACUUAAAAUUAAGUUCUUGCACACAGUGUGCUCACCUUAGAGAACUAAACGAAAACAGAAGAGCUCUGAAGCUUGAAGUUAAGUCUCUGAAUAAUAAACUAGAGGAUCUUCAGGUCAAGUUCAGGCAAAAGUGCGCUAACACCGAUGUCCUGAGGUUGAAAGCCAGCGAGGAAUUAAACAGAAGUGGCAAUACGAGUCUGAACGGUAGCAUGGGUGAAGGACUAAACAUUUCUCUGAUGGAGGAGAAUAUUCGCAUCCUGAGCAGUGAGAAGGAAGUUCUUAGAGAGGAGUACAACAAACUCUCAAAUCUCUACCAAGAAAAGUGUUCCGAUCUCGAAAUAUUACAGGAUUGUCAGCCUGGCAUCACUUCGCCAACUUGUGCGAGUCCCAUGAUCCUGAAAAAGAAAGAGAGGCUUCUCAAAGUUGAGUCUGCUAUUAAACAAGUCGGUGCAGAUCUCCAUCAGCAGAGAGAGAAACUCUCGAAUCUGAAUAACGAACUCCAGAAGUUCAAGGAACUCAAAGAUCAGUUGAAGUUUGCUGAGGAUUCUGCAGCGACUGCAGAAGAGAAGGUAAAACUGCUCGAGAGUGAUAUCGCAAGUUUGUAUAAAAACAUCGAGGGGUUGAAUGAAAACGAGAAAAUAUUGAAGACUGAGAAGCUGAAUCUCGAAGUCGAGUUGGAAACGUUCAAAGUUGAGAAUCAGGGGAACAAGAAACUCAUCGGUGAUUUGCAGAAGACUGUUGAUGAACUGAAUGAGGAUAAAAGGUCCUUGAAUUGGGAAUUGGAAGUUGCGAGGGAGGAAAAAGAACAGUUACUCGCUCGGCAGAAGUACGAAGAUUCCAACCGGGAGAUGUUGGAAGCGACACUGAAGGAGUAUAGAGAUAGUAUUGAAGACUCGGAAAAGAGGUUUAAGGAAAUCAGCUCGAACCUGAACAAAGCAAUUGUAGAAAACCAGGAUCUCAAAAAUGAAAUAACAAGACUAGAAUCUCUUCAGAAAACUAUGGAAUUAAAAACGGAAGUUGUUGAAGAUUCCCUAGAAGAAUUGAAAUCCCAAGAUUCUCAGAAGGAACUCGAGUCUGCGAAAUUGCUAAUUAUCAAAGAGAUGAAGUCCCUUACUUCGGAAGUUCAAGACCCAUCAAAUAAUUCCGUUAGCGAUCUUUUCCAAGUCUUUCUCAAGACGAUAAUGUCCAAGGAACACGAGAUCAUGAAAACUCUGAAGGAUCGUUUCGAUUACGAGAAAUUAAAACUUGAAGAAGCGAAAGAGCAGAGUGAAGAUGCGGAAAAGCGUGCAAAUACAUGGGCAAAAUCCUUGGAGAAUGACAUAGAAAAGUUGCAGUCCGAUUUGAUACUUUUGGAAUCGAAAAAUCUAGAUUUGCAGAAGCAGAUCGAAAGGUUAGAAGAUGGAUUAGAAGAGACUCAGCAUGAGAAUCAGGGUCUGAAAGAGAAGAUUCAAAUUCUCGAGGGUGAUUACCAGGCUCUUCAAGUCGAUUUUGAAAAUUAUAAAAGUGAUGCCAAAGGAGAUAUGGAUGUCAUUCAAGAAAGGGAAAGAAUGCAGGCUUCGAUUAAAAAUAAAGAGAUGGAACUUCAGUCUAAAAUGAAGCAGGAGAAAGAAGAGUAUAAUAAGAAGCUUGGGGACUUGACAAACACUUUAAAGACCCUAGAAACAAAGAAUAUAGAUUUGAAAAAUAACCUUGACGGAUACGAGGCGAACGAGAAGCAACUGAAGAGCAUUAUUGACAUAAAAACUAACGAAAUUGUGAAGAAUAAUCAGAAAAUUAAAGACCUUCAGGUGGAAUUAGCGCAACUCGUGGAGGUAAAUAAUAGAGUGAGUGAAGAGAAUCUCGAGAAGAAUCAUCGCAUUGAGGAAAUUACAUCGCUUCUGAAAAGUAAGUGCGAUAGUUUGUCUGAGUAUAAGACCAAAUUGGAGACACUUAUGCCUGAGUAUGAUCACAUGCGUUUGCAAAUUGAGGAGAGGAAACUCACUAUUGAAAAAUACAAGGAGGAGAUAGAAACUCUGAGAGCUGAUACCACGAGGGAAUUGAAUCUUUUUAAGGACAAAUUCGUGGAGGAAGAGAUAAAAUCUGCUGGAUUAAGUAAUCAGUUGACUGAAUUAAAUGCUAAAAAUGGACUUCUUCUUCAGGAUUUGGAAAUGAUGAGAGAAAAGUGUAUGGAACUGGAAGCAGGGAAUGAAAAGUUGAUGAGAAAGGUCAGAAAUAGCACAAGUAAGUCAAGGGUUGAGAAGGAGAUGGAAGAGCUGAUGGAUAAGAACAGGACUUUGGUGAACAAUUUGGAAGGUGCUUCUAAUCGAAUUGCAGACUUGCAGGACGCGAGAACUAAAACGAUGAAGGAAUUAGUUGAACUAAAAGGACAGGUGGAAACAGUGAAGAGGGAAAACGAGGAAUUGAAGAAAGCUGUGGACGCGUUUAAAUUAAGACACAACUAUUCGGACAUCAUGGAGUUGAGAGGGAAGUAUGAGGAACUUCUGCAGGAAAAGAACGGAAUCAAGUUAGAAUUGGAAGAAAAGAAGUUGCUUUUGGCGCACAGGGAUAGAAAAAUCGAGGAGAUUUCUGAGGAAUUAAAAGAGUUAGAAGAAAAGAAUGCAGAACUGGACAAGGAAGCUGAUGAUUUAGCCGAGGAAAUUAAAGAAAAGGGAGCGGAAAUAGGUAAAAUCGAGGACGAAAAUUAUCAUCUGAAAGAGAAAUUCACGAAAGAAAUUGAGAAUCUUAGGUCACAGUUAAAACAUGCGACGAGUAUAAAUACAGAAUUAAGAGCACAGAUUGAAAUUAUAAGAAGGACGGAAGUUGUUGGCUUGCAGAGGGAAAAUGAAGAAUUGAAGGAGAAACUGGUUGAGGUUGAGCAUAGAUUGGACGCGAAGAGUUGUGCGAGUUCUAGAAGUACGAGUCCGAUGGCUGAGGUGAGCAAAAGGAAAAAGAGGAGAAGUGAAUUGUUUAAUCAGAAGCGACAUCUCGAUGACGUGAGCGAUUCGGGAUUGAGUUCGAGUUCUACUGAUUGUGCGUGCUCUGAUUUGAGGAAAACUAUUGCGGAUUUGGGAAAGGAAAUAGCAAUGAAGAAUGGUGUUAUCGCUGCGCUGAAUGUCCAGAUUCAAAGCGAAAAUUUCCCAUAUCAGAAGAAGUGCAAGGAUUUGCAAGAUGAGUUGAUUCUUCAAAAGAAUAAGACUCGACAGCUUCUGCAAGAGAUUUCAAAUCUUAAGAAAGCAAUGAUGGAUACCAGUGCUCAUGAAUGCAAAGUUUGCAGAGACUGGAGGCUAAACCAAAAACAUCAAGAGGUUCAGUGUAAGAUAGAAGAAAAAACUUACCUCAGCGGCACAAGCAGUGGCAUCGUCGGUGAAUUUAAGCAUAUCGAGAAGCUGGAGAAGGAAAAGGCCCUCAUGAGGCAAUUGUGUCGCAGUCGACUUGCACAAAUAAAGCAACUCGAAGCGAAAGUCGAAGAACUCUCAACAAACGUAAAACUGACAAACGGCUAGUGAAUCCCCCGUUGUACAUAUGUUUCUACCGUUCUUGAACUGUUAUUCUCGAGCACACUCUGUUUACUAUAUUAAAAGUAGCAUGUAAAUAUUCUUGAAGACAGCUCACUUGCAUUUUGAUUGUUCUUUUCUGUCAAAGUCAAGUGAACGUACGCGUAAUUUAUUUAUAACUGAAGCGUCCCCAUAAACAUUGGCAUGAGUGUCUAUGCCAUAUGAAUGUAUAUAUUAAGUGUUUAGUAGAUGUACUUAGGAAUGAUUGCAUCAACCUUUUGACAAGAAAUAUUAUACAUUUGCGAGAUAUUGAAGAGGGAAUUUUAUGUUCGUAAUUACAAUGCAGUCGCGUGGCAUUUCUAUUUUUUUACAUUAAAUGAAGUCAAUAUAUUGAGAAAGUAUACAAUUUUCCCUGCAAAAUCAAGGAAAAGUGAUAGCAAAACAUUGCUAUUUUUUAUUUAAGAUUGAAGUUAAAAAAAAGGAAAACCUUUUAGACACUAAGUGUCAAUAAAUCAAAAGUAAUGUUUGUAAACGUAGGUUUCCCCUCGCGCAACGAUGGUUGUAAAUUAUGAGAAAAAAAAUUCAACAUUUCGAUACUUAAUAAAAUGAUUUUCAUACUUUUUCAACAAAAAAAACUUCUUUAUAGAGUAUAAUGGUUGGACUAAAAUUACGGUUUGGUAAUUUUUAAUAAUUUCACUGGACACUCAAUAAGCUUGAUGAAUUCACUGGAAAAUGUCUGGUGCUUCGACUUUAUAUGUAUUUUUUUAACUCUAGAAGAGAUAAGAAGAAACAAUAAAAAUAUUCUACAUUCAUAGAAAUUAAACUGUUAAA